AUGGAUCAUACUUUCAUAGUAACGUGUGACCUAAUAUUCACAAUUUCAUAUAUAUUUCUCUAUGAAUUGGUUAAGAAAUUUACUUCUUGCAAAAACAUUACAGAAGGAUAUAAUGAACAAAAUGAGAACACGUAUCAAACUGAAUGCAAUGAAUCUAAUGAAAUUUUUUCAGAUACUUCUAAAUUUAAUGAUGAAAAAAUAUGCCACAAAUCUAUGUACUAUUUAAAUGAAAUACAAGGGAAUUAUCCUGGUAAAGAAGAUGCCGGUUGUAUAUACUUGUAUUACUGGUUAUAUGAUCAUUGUAAGGAAGAAUGUGAGAGCGCAGAAAUAAUAGAUAUUUAUAAUAAUUUGAUCAAUAAAUAUGAAGACCAAAAUGGUACUGUGUGCACAGAAUAUAAGAAAAAUAAUAUUUCUAAAUAUGAAUUUGACAAACUGAAAGAUAUAUAUGAUCUAAAUAAUAAACUUGAAAGUGAUGCAAAUAAUUCUGAAUAUUGCAGUAAAUUCAAGAGCAUAUAUGUGAAACGAAAGGAUGAAUGUGAUUAUAAUGCACAGUCAGACUUUUGUAGUGUAUUAGAAGAAUAUAGAAAUAAAUACAAUGAAAAAGUAGCCACUUUACGUUCGAACACCUUUGAAUACCAAAUAUUACCCCCCUUCAAAGGAUAUAAUAUAAUAGCUUAUAUAUAUGUUCUAUUAGUUUUAAUAUUAAUAAUAGUAUUUCUUUUAUUCGCUGUGUAUAAGUUCACAAAAUUUGGUUCAUUUUUGCAUCGAAAAAUAAUAAGAAAUAAAUAUAUCCAGAGGAGUAUAGAUGAAGGGAUAAAUGCACAUUAUUAUUCAUUAAUAUCCAACAAAAUAUCAAGAGAGAGCAAAUGUAAUAUAUUAUAA